AUGUCGGAUUUUUCGCAAAUCAUACAUAAUUUCUCAGAACCUAUACCGCAGUAUGUUUUAGUUUGUUUGCCAGCUAUAGCAAUAGCAGGCGCAUCACCGGCGAAUAUGUUUACGAAAAAACUUAUGUGGAUUUUACGUUGUCUUGGGUGCCCAUUUAUAGGAAUUUUUUACUCUGUCAAUGUAGGUAGUAGUCCAGAAUCUCGUUGCCUAUUUUGGCUUCCAGCAGAUAAAUUUACGAAUGACGGUAAAGUACUGUCAUAUAGACCUUUUGGUGUAUAUGCUAUGAGACUGGAAGAUAAUCCUGUUGUAAAAGAAUAUGUAGAUAGAUGCACAGCAAAAACAUCGGAUCUAGAAAGAUUAUCAUCAAUUAUACCAAUGUAUUAUAUCAUAAUCGGCGUAUUGGAUGGAAUAUCUAGGGCGGCUGGAUCAGUUGCUUGUGAUGACUGGCCAGAUAUACCAUUGUUAUUGUCCUGGACAAUUCCAGCACUCUGGAGAAGAAUAUCUUCAGGAAACCUAGUAGUCAAAGAUCCUAAAAAGGAAUUUGAGAAAUUUCGGGAGAAAAUAAUUAUGAAUGUAGAGCCGGGUAAUAGAGGUUAUAAACCUUUUAAUGUAUUUUUAACCGCUUUUAUAUCAAUACUUUAUCCUUGGAUUACAAUACUUCUGACCUACUUUACACCCCCAAUCGGAUUGUUUUGUCGAAGCAAAUAUAUUACAAUAAUUUGUUCCAUAUGGUCAUUCAACAAUACUUUAGCAUAUUUAAGCCACUUGAGGGGGAAAAAGGAUAUAAUUGAACCUUUGAUAUUUCAUUUUUGGUUUUCUUUUUGCGGUUUCAUCGUAGCAAUUCUGUUGCUUUUUCUGGGCUUACUUAAUAAGAAUUCGGAAUGGUGGAUAGGUCUACUAGGGCAAUCUUGUGAUAUAUCAAGUGCGGGAUGCUAA